CUGUCACAUGUGGUUUGCUGGUGGCUUCCCACUGGCGAAGAGAAGCUACAAAAUAUGCUCGAUGGAUAGCAUUCACUGGAAGACUUCUCUGUGGACUCAAGAUGCUUUACUGCUGAACUCACAGUGCUCUAACAUACGUUAACGCUGGAGGACCAGGACGAUGCAAGCACAAUGUUGAUCCUGAGAGAACUCUCUGGAGGUGGCUUCAACAUUGUGGGUUCUCUGCUGUCUUGAAGCCAUACAUUUGUUCUUACCACAGGAAGGCAGCAGGCACCGAGGCUCUACUGGCCUAAACCAUAGUUCUCGGCGGACCAAGAGGUUCUGAAAAUAGAAAAGAGGUCCAAUCCUGCUUCCAGGUUUUCAUGAGCGUGGAGAAAGGCAGAAUGAUCCGGGAGAGGUGGUUAUCAACAACCAAGUGGUAACUUCUCCCCUGGGGUGAGGAAGGUUUUCCCUUUCCCCACCCCAAGCUGCAGUGGUGCAGUCUGUUACCUUGGAGACCGGCUAACACAUCCCUCGGGGCAAGCUUCCCUGUUGCCUUGCUUGGAGGAGCUUGGACAAACUAGAAGUGAGAACUGGGAGAAGCAAGGCCUUGGGGUGGCAGGGGCCCUUUUUCCAAAGAUGGAGAAAUAAAUGAAGAAGUACAAGCGAGGUGUGUUUAUGUGCCCUGCCCCCCUGAGAGUAAAUUAGCAAAUACAUAGAACAUCAGAUGGCGGCUUGUGCUGUGGAGAGAAAGCAAGGUGGAAGGGGUGCCAGGUGACUUCCGGUACUCGAAGAAGACCUCUCUAAUAAGUUCAUCUGAGCAAAGGCCAGAGGGAACAUAAGUGUUGGGUGUUUUUACAAUGGCUGCACAAACCAGUUAUGUCUUCCAUACUCAAGAUAAUACAUUUCUGGAAAAUCACUGCAUGAGAAGAAACACGGACACAGAGCCAAAGAAGCAACUGAAGCAGAAGGAAAUGAAUGGACUUGGUCAAAAGUCAGACAAUGGCUUACUAGUGACACACGUUAACCAGACACGGGACCUACUGAGGCUGCAGGGGAACGAGCCCCAGUUUUCAGCAUGGGGGGACUCUGAAGAUUGGCUUUCGACUCACAGUUUAAAGUUUGAGAAACUCACCUUGGCCGACCUGAUAAGUCAGGGCACAGCAGUGCCGGAGGACGGCACCAGUGUCCUGCAGAAAAUGCAUCUCUCCACCCAGCUCAUCUGCCACUUUGAAUCGAAGCUUUCUGAAGCUAUUGAACUCUAUCAACAGAGACUUCAGUGGCUCACAGAAAACAGCAAGAAGGCAUUUGGCCUCAUCAGGGGGGCCAGAGUCGGCGUCCUCAUAGAUGUGUCAGCCGUCAGCAGUGGCCCUCAGAAAGAGGAGUUCCAAAGUGACCUCAUGAGCCUCAUUGAUCAACAGCUAAGCCAGAAGGAGAAGCUGUUUGUCCUGUCCUUCGGCACCACAAUCCAGUCCCUCUGGCCAGGCCCCGUGGAAGUCAACACCUCCACCCUGCAGGAACUCAAGCUCUGGGUAAAGACACUGCAACCUGAUGGAGGCAGCAAUUUGCUGCAAGCCCUGAAGAAAAUCUUCACCCUAAAGGGGCUGAAUUCCCUGGUGGCCAUAAUGGGACGCUGCCCAGAUCAGCCUUGUGAAAUCCUGUCUGACUACAUCCAGCAGUCCAGCAUGGGAAGGGACCUCAUCACCCACAUCAUCACCUACAAAUGUGGUGAUCAGGUGCCCCCUGCUGUCCUGAAGAACCUUGCAGAAGCUGUUGGGGGCUACUACCACUGCUACGGCCCAGGGACGGAGCUCUACGCCAGCCGGGACGUGGACGAGCUCCUGGCAGAAACCCAGAAGGCACAGAGCGUCCUCAGCCACGUGCAAGCCCUGCACCGCAGCAGCUCCAGCAACCCCUGUGAGGAGCUCACCUGCAUGAUGAGGGAGAUUUCUACAGAGAUUGCAGAAGGUCUCUUGCCUAAACCCCCAAAGCACGAAGCUCCUCUCAGAAUCGAGUUCCCAAACUUGGACUCGACUUCAGCAGAAUGGCUAAAGGUCAAUGGUCUGAAAGCCAAGAAGCUAAGCCUUUAUCAAGUCCUGGCACCCAAUGCGUUCUCUCCCGUGGAGGAAUUUGUGCCUGUUCUCCAGAAAACCGUGUCAUCCACUAUCCAUGAGAAGGCAAUGGUGCAAUUCGAAUGGCACGACGGGACAGUGAAGAAUAUUCACGUGGACCUGCCCUUCCUCUGUGAGUACCAGAAACAGCUCAGCAGAGCUCUGCGGACGUACGAGAGGCGGAUUGAGUGGCUCUCUCUGGCCAGCCGGAGAAUCUGGGGCGCUGUCUGUGAAAAAAGGGUGGUUAUACUGCUCGAUGUCUCUGUGACCAAUUCCAUGUACAUUAUUCAUAUCCAGCACUCCCUGCGACUGCUGCUGGAGGAGCAGUUGUCCAACAAGGACUGCUUCAACCUCAUUGCGUUUGGAAGCGCAAUCGAAAGCUGGAGGCCGGAGAUGGUUCCCGUGAGCCACGACAAUUUACAAAGCGCCUGGCGGUGGGCCCUGAACCUGCAGUGUCAGGGCAGCAGGAACGUCCUCGGUGCCCUGCGGAAGGCUGUGGAAGUGGACUUCAAGGACAAAGACAAGCACCAAUUACAGGGCAUCUACCUCUUCACGGGGGGCAUCCCCGACCAGGACGUGCCCACGCUCAGCUCCUACGUGGCCGAGGCCUGUGGGGGCUGCGACCUUAAGCUGAACGUGUGUCUCUUCUACGUGGGCGAGCCACAGAUGGACACCACGCCCCCCGCCUGCUAUGCCAGCCGCAGUGACACGGCCGCUGCCUACAGGGAGGUCACCCGGGCUGCUGGUGGCCGCUUCCACUGGUUUGGAGAAACAGGCAUUUAUGAGAGCGAUGACAUCAACUCCAUCGUGUCCGAGAUGGAGAAGGCGCUCAACUACUCCCAAAAGUGUGCCUUCCUGGUGGCCUCCCUGAAGAACCGCUCAGGAAAAAAAAAGGAAAGUGCAGAUCUCCAGAAAGAAAAGCCAAAGAUGCUCCGGCAGAGAAGUCAGCCCAAGAAACUCUGUUCUCCCAAGUCCACGGCCCCCUCGGUGGCCAGAAUGGACGUUAAAGAUGAAGAAGACCGAGAGAAGAGCCCCCCCUCGAAGGCUCUGAAGUGGCGUCCACUCAGCGGCAGAGCGGGCACCUCGCCAGCUGCAGCCCAGCCAGCGCAAGACGUGACGACAGAGCAGAGGAGGAAGACCAAGUCACGGGAAGCAGAGACAGCGCUCUCGCUGUUCUACACAGACACAGGGAAUAAAGUGGGUGCAGUGUACAAGAAGUACCCUCAAGGAAGGGGUGUAAGAAGGACUGAUUCUUCCAUUGAGUUGCCCAGAAAGGAUACGAUUUGCUCAAGCCAAGAGUGGGUAGCAAAUUAUGGGCUGAAAAAAUUGAAGCUGGAGAUCUCCAGAUGCCUCGGUCCCAGCUGCGCUCAUCAAAAGUCAGCCCGGAGAUCAGCGUCUGCCAAGUCCUGCAGCGUCUUCCCCAGCAUAGAGGUCAAUGGCGUGGUGAGACACAUUCACUGGACGCCCAGGGACAUGGAGGUGUACGUCAGGUGCGUGGAGAAGGUGAUGAGGCGCUAUGUCCAGAGGCUGCAGUGGCUGCUGUCUGGGAGCCGCCGACUGUUUGGCGCCAUCCUGGAGAGCAAAGUGUGCAUCUUGCUGGACACGUCGGGGUCCAUGGGCCCCUACCUGCAGCAGGUGAAAACAGCACUGGUUCUGCUGAUUUGGGAACAGCUGCGGACGCACUGCGACAGCUUUAACCUGCUCAGCUUUGCAGAGGGCCUUCAGCCAUGGCAAGAAGCUCUGGUGGAGACCACGGAUGCAGCGUGUCACAAGGCUAUGCAGUGGGUGACCCAUCUGCAAGCUCAGGGGAGCACCUCAGUCUUGCAAGCAUUGCUGAAAGCUUUCAGUUUUCACGACCUGGAAGGAUUAUACCUCCUGACUGACGGGAAGCCAGACACGAGCUGCAGCCUUGUUCUCGGUGAGGUCCAAAGACUCAGGGAGAGGAGAGACGUGAAAGUGCACACCAUUUCCUUGAACUGCUCAGACAGAGCAGCGGUUGAGUUCCUGAGAAAGCUGGCUUCGCUCACCGGGGGCCGCUACCACUGCCCUGCCGACGAGGACACGCUCGUCACAAUCCACGGCCUGCUGACCAAAGGCUUCAUCGAGGAAAGGGAUCCCGCAUUGCCACCAUUUGAAGGAGAUGAUUUAAGGAGACUGGCCCGGGAGAUCACCAAGGCCAGAAGCUUCCUGUGGCAGGCCCGGUCCUUCAGAUCCCAACUCCAGAAGCAAAGCAACGUGGAACCAAAGGUCGCUCUUCUUUAGAGAAGUGCUCUCAG